AAAAAAUGCAACUUAUAACAAAAAAAUGCAAUUCGUGUGUCAACCUCUCGUGAAUGGUUCUCCCCAAUAAAGGCCAAUAGUGAAGGAGCACUGGAAGAAGAUGGCCAUGUUGUUUAUCAUGCGGAGUUCCCAAAUUAUUUCGACCACCUUACCAAUGUCACCUGGAUAUGCGGGGAUAAGCUUUAGGGAUCAACAUUGCUCAUCCAAAAACUGAGGCCGUAAUUAAUCCGAACGAAAUACUUCGGUGUAAAAAAUGCAGUUAAGGGAAAAAGAACCGACCAUGAUUGUUUUGCUUUACAUGGAACCAGUCGGAGAGAAGAGCUAGUCGGAGAUGGAGCUAGUCAAUGAGUGUGACUAUAUCCAAUGAGUCGGCAGAUAGCGGAGCUAGUCAGAGAUGGACUCUACAGAGACGCACUCGCACUCUACUCACAGCUCAACUAUUCAUCCCUUCGCAACGGAUUCACCUUCCCCGCUCUUCUCAAAGCCUGCGUCAAGCUUGGAGACUUUCCUCAAGCCCAAAUGCUCCAUACCCACAUUUUUAAGUCUGGGUUUCAAUCCGAUACCCAUACCGCCACAUCCCUCACCCACCUCUACACGAAAGCCAGGAACUUUGAUUGCGCACUCAAGGUGUUUGAAGAAACUGCUCACCCAACCAUCGAUUGUAUGAACGGCUUCCUUUCUGGGAUUUCUCAAAACGGGCAUCAUCAAGAGUCCUUUAGGAUGUUUGGUUUGCUCUACUCUUGGAAUCUCCGACCUGAUUCUGUCACCAUAGCCGGGGUGCUGUCUGGCUGCGAGGAUGCUAAGCUUGGCGCACAAAUGCAUAGCUGGGCUGUAAAGAUAGGGGUUGAGAUGUGUGUGUACGUUGCAACCUCUAUUCUCACCAUGUAUUCCAAUCUUGGUGAUAUAGUUUCAGCCACAAGGGUGUUUGGGUUGGUUGAGAACAAAAACGUGGUGUGCUACAAUGCAUAUAUGACUGGGUUAUUGCAUAAUGGGGUGUAUGGUGGUGUUUUGGCUGUGUUUAAGGACAUGAUUUCAUCAUCAGAUGAAGGGACCAAUUCUGUUACAUUAGUUUCUGCUCUUUCGUCCUGUGCAGAACUCAAUAAUCUGAAUGUCGGCCUGCAAAUCCACGGGUCUGCUGUAAAAACUGAGACAAAUUGUAGUACCAAUAAAACCAUGGUCUCCACUGCUUUAGUGGAUAUGUAUUCCAAAUGUGGUUCUUGGCAAUGCGCAUUUUCUGUGUUUGAAGAACUUCAUAUUACCAAAAGGAGUUUGAUCACUUGGAAUGCCAUGAUUGGAGGAAUGAUGCUCCAUGGUCAAAUCAAGAAGGCAAUUGAACUUUUUGCACAGUUGGAGACUAACGGGCUAAAGCCUGAUUCAUCAACUUGGAACACAAUGAUAAUUGGUUUUUCACGUCAUGACAAUGGCGAUAAUAAAGCAUUUAAAUUCUUCAGAAAAAUGGUGUCUUCUGGUGUGAAGCCAAAUGAGAAAUCAUUGACCAGUCUCUUGACAGUCUGUUCUGCACUGUGUCUUCUACACUCCGGGAAGCAAAUCCAUGGAUAUGCCAUACGGACAGGUUGCAUUAGCGACCCGUUUCUCGCAACGGGUGUGAUCGAUUUGUAUAUGAAAUGUGGAAAAGUCUCUAUGGGUGAAAGCAUUUUUGAGGAGAUUGAAAACAAGAACUAUGAUGCGACUCUAUGGAAUGUUAUGAUCUCUGGCUAUGGAAUAAAUAACAAAAAUGAAGCCGCUUUUGAAAUGUUCGACCGAAUGUUACAGGAGAAAGUAAACCCAAGCAGGGCAACUUUCAAUUGCGUUUUAUCUGUUUGCAGUCAUUCCGGUCAAACGGUCAAAGGGUGGCAAAUCCUUAAACUGAUGACUGCUGAUUUUGGGUUGACCCCGAGUCUCAAGCAACUUAACAUACUGGUUGAUCUUCUUGCUCGGUCUGGAAAAAUGGAUGACGCAAGAGAACUUCUUCAGAAAAUGCCAAAGCCUUCUGCUCCGGUUGUUGCUUCGGUUCUCAGGGCUUCUGAGUGUUAUUCAAAUCCGAAUCUCGGUGAAGAAAUGGGUAAGAAGCUCUUAGAGUUGGAGCCGGAAAGUCCUAUACCCUUGGUCGUCUUGUCCAACCUAUAUGCUAGUUUAGGGAAGUGGAAUGAAGUUGAAACAAUCAGACGGAUAAUAGAUGAAAAAGGAUUGAAGAAACUGGCUGGCUAUAGCUUGAUUGACAUUGCCUAAACAUACGAGAUUCUAAAAUGUACAGAAUUGACUUGAUCAACUGUCGGAAAGAUCGAUCUGUAGCCGUGCACCCAAAGUGGAAAUAUUGAAAGUUGGAGAGCAGAAUUGAUUUUUUUAACGGAAAAGGACAAUGGUGCUAUUACCUAUGGGGCUCAAGUCAGGCUUAACAACUCUAUGGUUUUGAAUUUGGGCCUUGUGUCAGACCAGGCAUCAUAUUCAAAGCCCAAAAGGAUCAAAACUAUCCAUUUACUUGUCUUUCUGCCUCAGUCAAUUGUAGUACAACAAGAUUGGCUACCAUGUGCUGUAGUACAUAUGUACAAUAUUGUACUUUUAUGAUAAGCCAAGUUGUGCAUAGAGGAGUAUCCUUAUUGUUUGUACUAAAGUUGUAGACUUGUAGUACACAAAGUUAAGAUAACCAUUGCCUCUCUUGGAACCUAUAUAACAGAUAGAUGCACACAUAACUUGAAGUAGUACUUGUGUAGCUGAGUUUCUGGUUGGUUUUGUAUUAAUGUGGAAUGGUUCAACAGGGUCGGCAUGAGAACACAUGCAUUUGAGAACUGGCCAUUGAAUUAAUCAAUGCCAUCACAUUUGCAUCGCCUAUCAUGUGUUCUCAGGUCGCCCCUGUAGAACUAUAUUCUACUCUGCUAUUUUGACCGCUUCACUCGUCCUAGACUUUCCGAUCUCCCCACCAUAUAUGACGGAGGAUCCUGGCCAUGCUAUUUAUACCAAAUGCUUUACUAUUAAUGAUUUUUUCCAAUUGAUUUUGCUGCAAGAUAAGUAUGUUCUAGCUAUUUAGUGUCUAUUGAAUUGUGUAUAAUAAUUACAAAGCAUGCGAUAAGAUGAAAUGCUGCGGAAACAAUUAGAAAAAUAUUUUAAGAAGUCAUUUAUGCUAUUUGAUACGGAGUACUAAAAUGAAAAAACGAUGGUCUUAUUUUUUAAGUUUUCUUUUAACUUCUGUAGUCGAUGUUUAAGGAUGUUUUUACUUGGACUGUAAUUCCUCCCAGACCAGACUUGGAUAAUUAUAAAAAUACCAAGAAACCAGACCAUCAAAUUACAGUCCAAGUAAAAACAUCCUAAAACUUCGUGCUGAUUCACUAGCUGAUUGUGCAAAAACUUUAUUACUUUUUAUUAUAGCACUAGAAUAAUUCAUUAUUGACCUUGUUAUCCUGUACGGAGUAAAUGUUAAUAAUAUUACAAAUAUCGUAAAUGUCAAAAUAGAAACUAUAAAUAUAGUGGAAGGUAAAACAUAAAAAAUCAUGGAUGAAAGUAGUCAAUUAAACAUAAACAGUGGAAUGUUUUUUUUACAUAAUUUUCAUGUUAAAAAUAUGAAGUAAAAUAUAACCCACACAAUUCAUUCAACGUCCGAUGUCAACUUAAAAAGUCAAGUCAAAACUUUUCCUUCUAGAACAUUAGUGCAAUUAGCCAAGGAAUUCUCCUUCCUCCUUACAUCACAGGAAAAUUACCCUAUUUUUAUAUUUCAAAAUAUGACUAUCAUUUUUUAUUCUUUAAAUGUGAGUAAUAAUUGUCAUAUUUUGACAUUACCAGAAUUUAAAUAUAACAAUAUGUUUUAAGCGUGACAGUAAUUACUCUUAUUUAGAAAUAAAAAUAUGAAAUACUUAAAUGUUUUUACUCCUAUUUCCCGAAAUUUUCCAAGUCAACACCGUUGACUAUAGUAAAACUCGAAUUUAUGGGGGGUUUUGGACAAGUAAAACCCGAAGUAUUAUUACACAUUGCGUAAUCGACCAACUAUGCAGAUGAGAGUUGGAUAAGAAGACUAUGCGAUUUCUUCUUCGGUCCAAAUAUCCACAAGCUUUAAACUUAAAAAUACGGAGUAUAAUUUUGAGGUUACAUCUUCUUCGGUCCAUUGUUCCCUCCCUCUGUCAACCCCAUCCAAAGAAGAAAAUGAAUUUAUAUAUGUCUUCAAUGUGCUCCUCUUUCAAUUUCCGAGCGCUGGUUUCUUUUCAACCCCAUUGGAAGCGCGGUAACAACUUCCAGUACUGCGUAUUACCCGACCUCAAGAAAAAGCGUGCUGGCUUCUCUUCCUUUAGCCAUGAAGAAGAUUCUCCUUCUCCCACAAAACAAAACCAGAUUGGUUAUGAUCCUUCAGCUGAGCUAUUUGGAAUUGAACCUGAUUUGCAACCAAGAAGAGUUCCUUCAAAACUAAGAUCAUGGUUUGGCCCAAAUGGGCAAUACAUCAGAGAGUUGCCAUGCCCAAGCUGCAGAGGAAGGGGAUAUACUCCAUGCACUGAAUGUGGUUUAGAGAGAUCUAGGCAGGACUGUUUACUAUGCCAUGGAAAGGGUAUAACUACUUGUCAUCAGUGCUUUGGGGAUUGUGUUAUUUGGGAAGAGUCUAUUGAUGAAAAACCAUGGGAGAAUGCUCAGUCUAUAUCUCCAAUUAAGGUGAAAGAGGACGAUGAGGUGGAUGAAUUAGACAUAAACCUAAGCGCAAAGAGGAAAACCAAACGCAUUUACCAAUCUCCAAGCCAUGAAGUCAAUUUGAAGAUAAGCAGAUCAUUGAAAAGCCUGAAUGCCAAAACUGGACUAUUUAGUAAGAGGAUGAAAAUUAUCCACGGUGAUCCUUUACUUCAUGCACAAAGAGUGGCUGCCAUUAAGAGAGCCAGAAGAACAACUGCUUCUAGGAAACGUUCUUCAGAAUCCAUGAAAGAGUACUUUCGAGAUCCAGAAAACCGUCGCAAGAGAAGUCUUAUCAUGAAAUCUGUGAAAUUCCACUGCAAAAACUGUGGGCGUGAAGGACAUAGGAAAUACUGCUGCCCAGACAUUGAGGAUCUAGACAGACGCUGCAGAUGUCGUUUAUGUGGGGAAAAGGGGCAUAACAGGAGAACUUGCCCAGCAAUUGUACUUAAGAUAAAGGCAAGACGGAAUCAACAUUGCAGAAUAUGCAGACAAAAAGGUCAUAACAGAAGAACGUGCCCUAGCAACACAGAAGCAACAACAAGUCGUGAUGUUAAUUCCAUGGCUUCCACUCGGAAAACCCAUGUUUGCAGAUUGUGCUUUAGUGAAGGGCACAACCGUAGGACAUGUGCUCAAAGAAGCAACAAUGUACAUAGGAAAAAGGUGAUUAAGAAUAAUCAUUGUAGGAUAUGUGGGCAAAAAGGGCAUAAUAUAAGGACUUGUCCCCAAAACAACAAAGGAGCAUCAGCAAGCAACAAUACCUCUGUUUCUUUGUGAUGCAUGUGUUAAAGAAGAAAUAUGAGUGAGACAAGUUCUCAAAGAAAGAAACAUUUCUAUUAACAUUAAUUCUCACUUUUAUUAGAGUAUAUACAUCCGAAGUGUCCAAAGUUGUAGUGUGCUUUUGAAGCACAACAUUUAGACAAUUGACAUAAACUGACUAUAACUGCAUAGGUUUCAUCAAGCAAUGCGGUUAUUACUCCAUAGCUAUGAUGCCUAUGUUUG